GCCUCCUGUGACCCCUGAUUGGCCGGCCCUCUCUCAGUCUCCUCUUCCUCCAAUGACAGAUUUCAGUGUGCCAGGCUGCAUUGACCUCCCCCCGGACUCACCUCUAUUGCGGAGCCAUGUUUCGGUCUUUGAGAACCGCGCAGCAGUUUAACUGCAACCUCCUGACUUUGCAAAGACUCGGCGUGAACUCCAAACUCCUCAUCUGCACGUCCGCGAUGGCCGCCUCCGAGUUCAGGAUCGAGCGCGACACGUUCGGGGAGCUGAAGGUCCCCGCUGACAGGUACUACGGAGCCCAGACUGUCAGAUCCACCAUGAACUUCAAGAUCGGGGGACCGACCGAGAGAAUGCCGCUGCCGGUCAUCAAGGCGUUCGGCAUCCUGAAGAGAGCCGCCGCGGAGGUGAACAAGGACUACGGCCUGAACCCAAAGAUAGCAGAUGCCAUCGUGCAGGCUGCAGAUGAGGUGGCGGCCGGCAAACUGGAUGAUCAUUUCCCUCUGGUGGUGUGGCAGACCGGAUCAGGAACUCAGACCAACAUGAACGUCAAUGAGGUGAUCAGCAACAGGGCCAUUGAGAUCCUGGGAGGCAAACUGGGCUCCAAGGAUCCCGUCCACCCCAACGACCACGUCAACAAGAGCCAGAGCUCCAACGACACCUUCCCCACCGCCAUGCACAUCGCCGCGGCCACAGAGGUCCACCAGGUCCUGCUGCCCGGCCUCCAGACUCUGCACGAUGCUCUGGCUGCCAAGGCUGAGGAGUUCAAGGACAUCAUCAAGAUCGGCCGAACCCACACCCAGGACGCCGUCCCGCUGAGUCUGGGCCAGGAGUUCAGCGGCUACGUCCAGCAGGUCAAGUACAGCAUCGAGAGGGUGAAGGCCGCCAUGCCCAGAGUCUACGAGCUGGCAGCAGGAGGAACCGCCGUCGGGACGGGACUCAACACCCGCAUUGGGUUUGCUGAGAAGGUGGCUUCCACCGUGUCGUCCCUCACAGGCCUCCCGUUCGUCACAGCGCCCAACAAGUUCGAGGCCCUGGCGGCUCACGACGCCCUGGUGGAGCUGAGCGGAGCCCUCAACACGGUGGCCGUCAGCAUGAUGAAGAUCGCCAACGACAUCCGGUUCCUGGGGUCGGGACCUCGCUCGGGCCUCGGGGAGCUCAUCCUGCCCGAGAACGAACCGGGCAGCAGCAUCAUGCCGGGCAAAGUGAACCCGACCCAGUGCGAGGCCAUGACCAUGGUGGCGGCCCAGGUGAUGGGGAACCACGUGGCCGUGACCAUCGGAGGCAGCAACGGACACUUUGAGCUCAACGUCUUCAAGCCCAUGAUGGUGAAGAACGUGCUGAACUCGGCGCGGCUGCUCGGCGACGCCUCCGUCUCCUUCACCAACAACUGCGUGAUGGGCAUCGAGGCCAACACCGAGAGGAUCAACAAGCUCAUGAACGAGUCGCUCAUGCUGGUCACCGCCCUCAACCCGCACAUCGGCUACGACAAGGCGGCCACCAUCGCCAAGACGGCGCACAGGAAGGGCUCCACGCUGAAGGCCGUCGCCGUGGAGCUGGGCUACCUGACCGAGGAGCAGUUCGACCAGUGGGUGAAGCCGAGCGAGAUGCUGGGGCCAAAGUGAACUCUGAACCACUACAAGACAUAGAAACAGCCUUUCCUACAGUGAGAGGAGUGUUUUCUAUGAGGCCAAAGCAGUCGAACUGUUUGAGAACAUUUGCUGAAUCCUGAACAUCUCUGAAUAAACGUUUAUGACAACCUGC